AGUCUGGUUGGCAGCAGACAGCACAGCCCACAGCUCAUCACAUCUAGACGAAUAUAUAUAGCACCUCCAAGUUUCUCGCGAUUUUUUUUUAAUCUGGCAUCGAACUGGAGGAGUUCAGAUCUUCCACUAUGGGCACCAAAUCCGGUUCUGGCUUUUAUCUUAGUAAAUCAACUGUGGCUUUCUUCACGCUUCUUUUUGCUGCUUUAUUUAUCGCUUUUACAGUUUUUGCCGUUCUGUACCUCCGAAGGACCGGAUUUUGCACUUUAAAUAAGGAGGAAGAAAGCGACAAAGUAAAGCCGCUUAACUGCACCGUAGUGCCGACACCGGGGCGCCAAGGAAUCUGGGACCACUACCGACUCCCUACUUCACUAGUCCCCAUAAAUUAUCAGCUUGAACUGUGGCCUCGGUUCCACCCGGAAAGCCCGGAGUCCACAUUUACGGGUGACGUGAACAUCACCUUUCAGUGUAAGAAUGCAACAGAUGUGAUCUUACUGCACAGUGAACAGAUCGAGGUUACAGUUGUGGAGCUGGUAAGGUUCGAAAUAGGAACGGAGGCUCCCCAAAUUCUGGAAGUGUGGAGAUCUAGUCUUUACUCCUAUCUGGUUAUCAACCUGAAUGAAACUCUUACCGAAAAUAGCAUAUAUGUUCUCAGGGUCAACUUUUCGGGAGUGAUCGACAAUUCCACUGGGGGGUUUAUGAAAAUGGAUUAUGAAGAAGAUGGAAGGAACCUGUCAGUUAUCACAACUCAGAUGGAGCCAACCUAUGCAAGGAGUGUUUUUCCAUGUUUUGAUGAACCCAGUUUCAAAGCUACUUUUGAUAUUCGUCUAAUUUACCUUCCUAAUUAUGUGGCACUCUCAAAUAUGCCUGCUAUUAAUACAUCACCAAUAUCAGAUGAAGAUGGCGUCAUAUGGAAAGUGACCACAUUUAAUACAACUUUAAAGAUGUCAACAUACAUUGUAGCAUUUGUAAUUUGUGAAUUUAGCUACAUUGAAAUGAUUGAGCAUGGAAAUGAGAUACGCAUUUGGGCUCGAAAAAGUGCUAUAGAAAAUGGUGAAGCUGAUUAUGCUUUAAAUAUCACAGGGGCAAUCAUAAGGCAUGUAAUGGAUUAUCUUAAUGUGAGUUACCCCCUAACAAAAACGGAGCUUGUUGCAGUUCCCGAAUUUCCUGCUAGUGGAAUGGAAAAUUGGGGACUCAUCAUUUUUCAUGAGAAUUCAUUGUUGUUCGACUACAGUUCAGAUACAAAAGAAAAAAGAAGACUCAUUUGUUCAGUCAUUACACAUGAGAUUGGACAUCAGUGGUUUGGAAAUCUAGUUACAAUGAACUGGUGGAAUCAGUUAUGGCUGAAAGAAGGUUUAUCUUCCUACAUAGAGAACACAAUCCCCCCUAAAUUGGAGACCGAAAUGUUUAUGAAGAAAUAUCACGAUAUACCGGAGACAGUCAGACUAUUUCAUUCAGACUCUUACCCUUUCUCACAUCCUCUUGUUGUUGAAGAAGAAAAUUUGAAAACAACAAAUGAAAUAAAUGAGGCUUUUGAUUCUGUAACAUACCAUAAGGGUUCUUUGCUAAUGCAGAUGGUGAUUACUUUCCUGAGUCAAAAAUUGUUCCAGAAAGGGCUCACCUCUUAUCUUCAAGACUUCUCUUACACAAAUGUAAAGCAAGACGACCUGUGGCAUCAUUGGCAAAAGGUUAUAGAUAGUCAAAAUGAAGUAAAGCUGCCAGCUUCUGUCAAAACAAUAAUGGACAAAUGGACAAUGCAAACUGGAUAUCCUGUUAUUACACUUAAUGCAACAACUGGCACACUCUCUCAGGAACCAUUUGAUGCCAAACUGAGGCAGGCAACUUCAGCUAACAACACUUGGUAUGUUCCUAUUGAAUGGAUUAAAAAUGGAUCUGCUCAACCCUUGACCUGGCUUAAAAGCAAAGAAGGUACUUUCCCUGAAAUGAAGAUUACCUCCGAAAAUGACUGGAUCUUGUUAAAUGCAAAUAUUACAGGAUAUUAUAGAGUACAAUAUGAUGCAUUAAACUGGAACAGAAUUAUUAAUCAACUGAUGAAGGAUCCAGAGAUAAUUCCACUAUUUAACAGGGUAUUUCUGAUUGGGGAAAUUUUUCAUGUGCAAUCCAAAAACAUGGAUGUUGAAAUUAUACUCAAUGCAACCAAAUAUUUGGCAAAAGAAAAGGAUUUUUUUGUGUGGCAAAUGGUGCUUGUUAUUGUGGAGAAUUAUAUGGCUAAAUUCCAACCUUUCCUUCUAUAUGGGUCAUUAAAGCAACAUGUGUCAAAUAUGUUUUUACCAUUUUAUCAACACAUCAUGAACUCAAUAGGAGGAGACAUCAUGAAAGUGGAGAAGGAUUCAUUUCUUCAGGAUCAGAUACAAAGAGUGAUGUCGGUGGCUUGUUGGCUUGGAUUUCAUGAAUGCUUACAAAUGGCAUCUAAGACCUUUACAGAAUGGAUAAAGAAUCCUACUAAAGAAGAACUUCCUUUAUUCAUAAGAGAAGUGGUCUUGUCCUAUGGAAUUGAAUCUGGAAGCUUUCAAGAAUGGGAGAUUAUCUGGAAUAUGUUUUUAAAGCAAAAGGACAAUAAAUCAGAUUACGGUGAUGAACUGCUGUUUGCUCUGAGCUUCAGUAAAGAACCCUGGAUUCUGAAUAGGUACCUUCAGUUAUCUCUAAAUAGUUCAAUAUUUGAAAAUCAUUCUGUACGACAAGUAUUGAUGUGGGUCGCAGAAAACAAAAUUGGUACUCCAUUAGUAUGGGACUUUGUUCAAGAAAACUGGGAAAUAAUUAAAAACAAAUAUAACCAAAGUGAAACUGAUUUAGCUGUGCUCAUGGGCAUUUUAGCUGAAAGGGCCGCAAGUGAAUAUAAAAUUAAUGAGAUGCUGAAAUUUGUAAAUACCACUAUGAAGACUGAUUCAUAUUCUUUAGUUGUUCUAAAAAUUAAUGAUGUCAAAGAAAUGCGCAGUGAUUUUAAUACAAAAUAUCAAGCAAAAAUACAGAAUUGGUUAAAAAAUAAUCUGCAUAUCCCAAUGUUUCAGUAAUUCUUAGGAAGAAGUAAACUGCAUUUUCUUUUUCAAGCAGUGAAAUAGAAAUGUUAUUUUUUCACAAAUCAAUGCAAAAUAAACAAAAUAAAAUUAAAAUUUGUUGACUAAAAUGAAAUUUUUAGAAAAUUGGUUUCUCUACCUGAUGCUAUUCAUGUGUAACAGUGUAAAAGAUAAGUUUGUUAUGCUUUAUACUGUCCACAUAUAGAAAAGAUUAAUUUUAAAAAUAUUGAGGACCACUUGCUAAUGGUGUCCCUUGCUAAGCAGAUGAGAAACGCAAGACUAAAGAAGACUGUUUGUCUUAUACUAGAUUGUGAGAUAUCUUCCAGAUGUUAUUCCAGUCUACUAACUGCACAACGCUGAAGUGAAGAAGAAGGAAAAACUAGUUUCAGAUGAUGAGAUGAGAUGUGUUACAGGCUGUAAAGAGUUUUGAGAGCUGAUGUCUAGUGGAUCAUUUCUUCUUGAGCCUAUAGAAGAUUAUUAAAGAAAGGUUUGAAAAGUAUAAAAUAUACAGUUCGUUUAUAGAAAACUUACUUCUAAAUUAAACAAUGGCUUAGGAAAAAUACUGUAUUAACUCCAAAUGUUUGUUAAACCAAAUAUACAGGCCCUGCAAUUUGUUUCUAAAUGACAGUACUUUGAGAUUUUAAAUUAGUUUGUAAAUAAAGUAAAAGGUGAAAAUAUGUGUAAAGGUGCUUUAAUUGUAUUACUGGGGUGCCUUUCAAUGACGUACUGUAGCAGUGCGUGUGAUUUUUAUGGCAAGCAGACCCUUAUUCUAAUAUUUAUUGACAAGGAAAAACAUAAAAGCUGAACUGCUGAUAUAUAAAGAAAAAUGUCUCAUAACAAAGUCAGAUGACUGUGUAUUUCAUAUUCAAGCCCCUUAAGCUUUAACUUACGUAAUUCAUGUGAAAUACAAUGUUGAAGGUUUUUGAGUAUGGUGACCAUAAUUUAUCUCCAUAGUCAAAAAUGUCAGUUUCAGGCAUUACACAUAAUAAUAAAUUUCAUGACCAAGUGCCCAAAACUGAACCUUUUCAACCCUGACAUAGCAAAUGGUAAAGAACACAGGAAUAUUACAACACAUUGCAGUAAAUAUUUAAAAAAAUUAGUUCUAUAUUACAUGUUUUGGAUGUUUUUUUUUUGGAGGAAACACUGAGUUUAAAUGGUAAAUUUGAUUGUAUACAGUACUGUAUUCUGGAUUUUAAAAAGCAAAACAAGUUACCAAGUUUUUUGUUAUCUAGCUUUCAAUAACAAAAACAUUUGGUGGAUGUUUAAAUCUGUUACAGUAUCAAUUACUUUAAAGAAUAUCUUCCAAGGCCAUUUUUUGUGCCCAUCAUUAACAUCUACCUUUUCAAGCUGGGAUUGAAGCUAAAAGAAAAUGAACUGAGCAGCAUUUUUAACAAUUAAGUCAUACUGUCUCAAAGGCUACCACACCAGUAAAUUAACCAGCUACAUUAGGGUUAUGUUCCCAGAACAUUGUGUGUCUGAGUUUUUGUGCAUAUUAUUUGUCAGUGUGCAUGCAUCCUUUUCUAGACAUGAUUAUACAAAGUAAAAAAGGAAUUCCAAAAUGAAAGAUGUCUCACAAUUUAGGAAGACUGCAUUUGAAAAGAGUGUUAAAGUAAGAGGGGAAGGAA